UUUUUAUGAUAAUUCUAAGUUGCAAAUAUUGCAAUGUGACCUGGCCUCUGGCUACGGCCCGCUCGUACAACUUAGAAACUUUUAAACAUAAGAUCUACCUUUAACUUAGAAUAUGACCGACCAGUGCUCUAGUUAAGGUUACAAUAUUUAUUUAUUUUUCUUUAUAAUUUUUUAUGGUUCGUUCAUUUUCUCUUUACUAAAGGAAGAAGCUUGUAACGUCGAUUUAAUUGCAUUUAUCCAUAAGACAUAAUAUCCGUCAUCUGGAAAAACAUGUGUUUUAAAUAAAUCAUGUGAAAUUUAUUUUUAAAAAACGUACCCUCAGCUGGCUAGAUUGUUUUCAGUUUUUUCUCAAAUCAAAAUAAUGGAGGAUGGGCACUCGAUCAGCCACAGGAGCCUGGAGGAGAGGCCGAAGUCGAGGAGGGGCAACUUUUGUUCAGAAACGCUCGCCCCGGGUCGGCCUCGGGUCUUUCUGCGUCCUCCGUCCGCGUGUGCCUUCCCUUGUCCCAAAACGACCGCGUCCCUGCUGAGCGACAAGUCGCUGCACAACACCGAGAGGCUGGCCUCCCAGAAGGGCAUCAGCUUCCUCAGGACGAGCACCAGCCAUGGGAACCACGCCCGGGCGAUUAGGGACAAACGCUAUUUCGAGGGGGUGAUCCAGCUGAAGAUCGGCGAGAUAAGCUCGGAACUGAUGAAGAUCAGGAUGGAAAUGGAGAAGAGCACGAGGGAGCAAUCGGCGAUCGGCAUCUACGAGAAGAGGGUCAAGCAACUGGCGACCGAACUAACCGAUCUGCAGAAGACCCUCGCCGAGUACAACACCUGCAUCGAGAAAGUGAAUGUAGGCGCCGAUUCAACGACGAUACUGUGCGCCGCGAAAGACCUCGCCAGAAUCAACGAUUCGGACGUUCUCUCCCUAGAGAGCCUCUACACGGAGAGAGUGAAAAAACAGGAAUCCUUGAAGUCCCUCCAAGGCCAGAUCGACAAGGAGAUCGAACAGUUUGAGAAGAUAGAAAAGGACAUGAACCCGACGGAGAGGCAGCAGUAUUUGAGGAUCAAGUCGCAGAGAGACGAUUACGCUAAAAAAGUGAUGGAACUGGAAUCCGAAAUCGAUCAUCUCAACAAGUCGAAGAACCCGAUUUUAAGCCAAGUCUUCAUCUCGCCAGAGAAACAGGAACAGAUAAAACUCGAGCUGAAACUGUACGAACUGGAGAAAACGAAAGACCGGGUCAUGGAGGAGCUGAAGUGCAAUCUCUCGCCUGAAGAUCAGAGAAAGGAGCUACUGAAUCGUAUAAAAGAGGACAAAGCGCAGACUGCCGCGAUCCAAAAAGCCACCAGCGACGUCAAAGAACAGAUCAAAGAAACCGAGCUAUCGCUGUCGCAAGAAGACGUCUUCGGAAAGUGCUCGAGACAAGGGAAAGUGAUGGAUCUCAAAAAUAAGGAAAAAGGAAUCGAAGAUUUUUUAUCCUCAGUCGAUAAAAUGAUGAGCAAUGAAAACGACAAACUCAAGACCCUUCAGAAAAAUAUUCUAGAUAUAAUAUACCAAACAGAAAAGAAGAUUGCCUUCAUACCAACCACUGUUGAUUACAAAUCUCUUUACGACAGCGCGAAUUCAGCAGGUCCGAAAAGAUCACCAAGUAAAGAGUUCUUACUGGCGAAUCGCUAUUUGGUCAAACUGGGCAUCAUGAAGAAGAACAUAGAAAUCACGAACAAGCGGCUGUACAAGGAGAUCAACACCAUGCUGUCCGACAUCGACAUAUUCUCGGAUCUGGUCAGCCUGGAGGAAGAGUUCGACACGAAAAGGGUCUGGCUAUUGAAGGAGAAGGCCGAACUCUGCUCGGACCGCCCUCUGACCAAAUCUCUGUGGCAGGACACGCUCAACUGCUUUAACGACUUGCAGAAAGCCCUCGCGGAGAACGACAACUACAUCGCGAUAGCCAACUGCGAAAAGAAGCUCCUUGUCGUCGAGGAGAGCAACUUCGCCAUCGAAGAGUAUCUCAACGAGGCCAUCUACGGUGAUGACAUUGCCGCCUGGGAAACGAGGGCGCUCGAGAUCGUCACAAGGCUCAACCGUCAGCUCAUCGGAAAGUUAAGUUCGACUUGACCACCUCAUAAUCUUCUCUUCCACCAAUUCCUUGAUGAUUUAUACAAUUAUAAAAAAACUAUCUAUGCCAUUGUAUUAUGUUAAUAAAAGAAGAUCAAAUGGCCAA